AUGCUUCUAGUGUCUACACAGAUGUUGUUUUUAAGGAUGUUCAAGAACAAAUUCUUAGUGCACUCGAUGAGUGGUUUUGAAAAGAAUUUCGUUAGAGAUGGCAAGGAUGUAUAUUGUGUGGUACAUUUCAACACUGGGACUAUUUUUGAAGUUGUGUAUGAUGCACAAACAUUGUAUGUUGAUUGCUCUUGUAAGUUUUUCAAAAGAGUAGGAGCCUUAUGUAAGCAUGCAUUAUGGGUUUUGCAUGCAAAAGGCGUUAAGUAUAUACCAGAACCUUACAUAUUGAAAAGGUGGACAAGAGAUGCUAGCAAAACACCUGUCUAUGAUAUUGAUGGCACAUUAUUGGAUGGUAAUAAUGCUAUGGAAUCUAGAAAAGGGGUUAUAGGAGAUGUUUGGAAUGAGGUACAUCGAUACAUUAGUUUGGCAGAAGAUGAUGAGGAUGAUUUGGUUGAACUUUUGCAAAAAAUAAAGUUGUAUUCAGCUGAGCUUUUAGCAAAAAAGAAUCGUGGGGUUGAGAAGACAAAACGUUUAGAGUUAGAAAAGUUUUUGGGUUGUGAAGCUCCUAAAACAAUUACAAUUCAAAACCCCAAACAAUCUUCAAACAAAGGCAAGAGCAAAGAAAAAGAUCCAAAACAAAAGGAUACUGAAGAUGAAGAAGAGCAAAGGGUGACCAAGCAAAGACAAUGUAAAACUUGUGGCAAAGUUGCAGGUCACAAUAGUCAUACUUGUCCACAUAAGAAAAAAUAA